GAGCACUAUAAUAACCAUAGACAAAGAAAGCCAGAGGUUUUCUUCCAUGCUCGGAUGCUUGCAAACUCAAACUGAUAAAGAAAAGAAAUCUUGUUUGGAAAAAAUUGACUGGCAAUCUUUCUCCUUCCCUCUUGAUGAAGCAAGAAACCAAUGUGGCAAAUCUUAUGAUUAAUGGGUGAUUGUCCCUGAACUCUCUUUUUCUAUUCCAUCAGAAGCACCUGUUUGACUUUGUUCUACAGCCACAAGAAGUUUAGGAAGAUGAACCAGACAGAAGCCGGAUUACUGUUCUCCAACGGAACUGACUCUAUUGGAAGUAUCUUGGGGUGUUGCACCCCAGCUUCGGUUGUAACAGACGAUGGAUUUGAGGUGCCCCCUCUUGACGAGAGGAACCUGUUUAUCAUGCGAGUGGUACAAAUUGCAGUGAUGUGUGUUCUAUCCCUCACAGUCGUGUUUGGGAUCUUCUUUUUGGGAUGCAACCUGCUAAUAAAAUCAGAAGGGAUGAUUAACUUUUUGGUCAAAGACAGAAGACCUUCCAAAGAAAUUGAAGCAGUCAUCAUUGGCCCUUAUUAAAAAUAAAAUUACUGGUGAGAAAAAAAAUGACACUGAUAUUCUCAAACAGGUGUCCGAAGCAACAACGGUUGCCUUUUUUUGAUUCCCACAUCCCAUCUGUUGAAGGAAUCAAAAUCAAACCAAAAAUGAGACCAGAUUUCUCAUGGACAGAGUAAGAGAGAGGGACCAAGAUGUGUUGAAGUUUAUUCUUUAUUCUUUUUUAAAUUUGUGGCUGAAAAAUCUCAGAGACUGUCUGAUGGAAGUAAAAAUGAAGAUGCAAAUGACAUUUGUUGUGGAAAUACAAUUUUUUGCUGCACUUUAAUCAGGAACCACCUCUCCCAUCCUUCAUUCAAAGCAGAACUUGUGAGAAUGUAUUACAUAUCAGUAUAAAGCACAGGCUUGGCUUCUAUGUCUUACUUUAUACUGGAAAGAGGGAUUCUUUGCACUGUUCUGAUUGUUAUAACUUUAUUACUACUGCCUGACUUUCCUAAGAGCAAGUUCAUACAAUACCUUUGAUAAAUGCGAGAGCAUUGUUAAUUGAAGACUGUUACAUUUUUGUUAAAAAUGCUCACUUUGCUGUUAUUUUUUUUUUCUCUUUUUCUUUUUUUGCAAAAAGAGGGGGGAUACUAAGAAUGUCUGUUUAUUUCUUUACUGUACGGUAAUUUGUAUAUCUCUACUAAUAUAUCUGUACAGUUUUUGGUAACUUGCUUUUUUUCCUACACUAUCCCUGGAAGUGUAAUAUAUAUAUAUAUAUAUUAUAUUUAGAAUCUAUCUAAGAGGCAUUAUUGAUUGGUUGUUUCCCAAUACAGAGUUUUGUAUUCUUUCAAUAGGCUUUGGUGCUUCCACUGUUAAAAUGUUUUGAAAUUCUUUCAUGAAUGCUGGAUAUGAAUUAGACAGAAAAAGGUUAUUAUAUCUUCCAGACUGUCUUCAAUCUGAUUCUGUGUGGUCGAGGAAAUUUGGUCCCAUAAAAAAAAAAAUGGCUGGUGAAAAUUCAGGAAAUGGAAUUGUUUUUUGUUAUUUAUUAUCAUUCGAAAAAA